AUCAACAGAAAUCACAGUUUUGUUUAAUUGGUUUGACGUGGAUCGAAAAAAAUGUCACUUUCCUCCCUACCCCCUUUUGUGCGUUCCGCGUGCAGUGUGUAAAUAUAUAUAUAAAUAGAAGAGGUUAGGCGCCGUUGUCACCUAAAUCAGUUGAUUUCGUGUCCUUCCUUUCUUUCCCCCCCAUUUCUCUUCUUUCUCUACAACAACGAGUAGCUUCUUCUCGUGGUGGCCUCUCGACCUUCAAGAUGAGGGUGGCCGUCGUGUUGUCGUCCGCCGUAUGGUUCAUGGCAGCGGCGGCGGUGGCGGAGCUGCCGCGGCUGGAGCACAGCGGCGACGGAUCCCUGGCCGUGUUGGUGGUCGGCGACUGGGGCAGGAAAGGAGCCUACAACCAAACUCAAGUUGCCACCCAGAUGGGGGUAACUGCAGAGGCAGUAAAAAUCGACUUCGUGAUAUCAACCGGGGAUAACUUCUACGACGACGGAUUAACAGGAGUUGACGACCCCAAUUUUUACCAUUCAUUUGCAGACAUCUACACAGCACCCAGCCUGCAGAAGCAGUGGUACAACGUUUUGGGGAACCACGACUACAGAGGCAACGUAGAAGCACAACUGAGCACAACCCUACAAGAGAAGGACCCCAGAUGGCUCUGCAUUAGAUCCUUCAUUCUCGACACCAAGCUGGCCGAGUUCUUCUUCGUCGACACCACGCCCUUCUCCGACAAGUACUUCACCGACCCGGAGGACCACGUCUACGACUGGAGCGGCCUACUCCCUGACCGAGCUACCUACCUGUCCAACCUCCUGGCUGACCUGGACUCUGCUCUCAGGUCGUCGAAGGCAAGGUGGAAGAUCGUGGUGGGGCAUCACACGAUCAAGAGCGCGGGCCACCAUGGCAACACGGUCGAGCUGGAGGCUCAGCUGCUGCCCAUCUUGGAGGCACACGAUGUGGAUCUGUACGUGAAUGGGCAUGACCACUGCCUGGAGCAUAUCAGCAGCAGCCGGACCAAGCUCAGUUUCUCACCAGUGGGGCAGGGUCGAAAGCGUGGAAAGGUGACGUUAGCUCAUGGGAUCCCAAGGAGAUGAAGUUCUACUAUGAUGGUCAGGGGUUCAUGACGCUUCAGAUCUCGUCGGAUGAAGUUCGUGUUGUUUAUUAUGGCAUCGACGGUGAAGUCCUGCAUCAAUGGAGCACAUCAGAAAUGUCAGUCUCUCGGAUGUAGUAGCAUCAAAACCACACUACUACUGUUACUAAUUCAGCGAUAUUAUCAGUCGAGUAUCCCUCACUACGUGAUCCUGGCCUUCCAUUGUAACUUUAUCACUGUAAUUAGGAAUGACAUCUAUGAUACAGUUAAUUCCAUGGACUUUUAGUUAUCACUUAGAAAGGGUAACUUGUUCUAAUCUUAAUCGAUUAAGAGACU